AUGCCAUUCUUUAAAGACCUCCGCAGACGGUCCAAGACCAGCUUCAAAACCGAAAAAUCGUCCUCCAAUGGCUCCCCCAACGGUGGUCCGGAAAGGACCCAGUCGUCGUCGACGCUCAAUUCCGUAUAUGGACCUACUGGAGGUCCCGGAGCGACGACACCUCCCGCAAUGCUGCAGUCAAACAUGUCGUCGCCCAACCUUCAGGUUAGCAGGACAAAUGGAUCUACCCCGCCCGUCCCUCCACGACCCUCGCCGAUUCCGCAACAUCAACGAUACAGCGGUUUGGGGAGCUCAAACGGCUCGCUGAAGACAAUGUUGGCUACAUCACCAUAUGCGCCGAGACUGUUAUCGGUGUCGGAAAGCACCUGGGUUCAUCAGAAGAUUCUCCUAGUUUACGGCCAAAUUGGUGAUCCGGCGCAGCAACCAAUGGAUGGUACAUUGACGGUCUGCCACCACCAGGAUUCAUUCCCGGCCACUAGCUGGCCGGUCUGUGACUCGCACUUCAAGGCUCUAAUCCAUCUUACGCCUGGACCGAAUCGGAUCCGUCUGGAUUUCACGUCGCCCAAACUUGCGUCCAAUAAUUCCCAAGCACAUUCUUCGUGGACGAACCUCUUUUACCUCCCGUUGAAUGCGGCGCCGCCUCUGCAGCUGGUCAUCUUACUGGGUAAGGAUUCGCCCGGGACGUUUGAUACAGUGCCAGAACGGCAACAGAGAGAGGGUAAUGGCUUGGAUACGGCAAUCCGCAAGUUCAAGAUGGCAGCGUACCUCUGGCAGGCAUUCACGGGGGAGCAAAUGUAUCGAAAUCGCUUCGGGCGGAGGUGCUUCCGCUUUGAGGAAGAAUGGCAGCGAGGAACGCUGAGCUGCCGUGAUGCUGACACGGCGCAGAUGCGAAAUGAAGCAAAGAUUCACAUUGUCCGGACUGAGAAGACUGUUCAAGAACUCCGAGAUUUGGAUCUCGCGCAGCAGUAUGAUAAAGCAACCAAAAAGGGGGAGCUAUUCUCGAUAGCAUUGGAUGCAGUGCGAGACCACUUUAAGCCUGCUCCGGGCCAGAAGCAAUACGUUUCUGUAUUACUCCUUGAUGCUCACUGGGACACAAAUGCUCGGACGAUUACUGGGCAUGCUGCACUCGGAGGAGGCGCCGGAGACAUUCAACUCGCCAUCUUUGGCUCACAUGCUCUGUACAGCUACCCUGCCUGCAUCGAGGAAGUUGCCCCAGUCUUCUCCGACUGCACGCGCACAGAUACCAACUUUGUUGCAAAUGACUGUAACGAGUCUGGUAGUACCUGGGAAGCAGCCAAUAUCGGCAUUGGCGCUCACUUGCACGAAACGGGCCACUUGUUUGGUUGUCCUCAUCAAGAGUCGGGGGUCAUGCUGCGCGACUAUGUUCGACUGAAUCGGAGUUUUACCUGUCGAGAACCGUAUUCGACGCGGACCAAGUCACCUGGUCUCAAGCUCUGUUUACCAAAGGAUGAAUGUGCUUGGCAUCGGUUAGACUGUCUCCGCUUCAGAUACCACCCGUGCUUCCGGCUGCCGACUGACGCCCCUUAUGCAUCGGAUGAAAGUGUGCAUGUGUGGACAGUGGACAAUGGCCAGGCCAUUGCCACUGCCGCUACGGGCGUCGCCUUUAUUGAAGUGUUUGGCGAAGGGGAUGACAUUUGUCACUCAUUCAUUGAGUUUGGGGAGAGCAACGGAAACGGCUCUGGUGGACUACCCAAACAAGUCAAUCUCGCCGAGCCGGAUUUGCGGGGUCGAUUGCCAGAUGACAAGCGCAAUAAGCGACUAAAGCUUGUUCUGCAUUCUGCUGCACAAGGCUCACACACGGUGGAGGACUUUGGACAGCUCAUCUCGAAAACCUCACUAUUGAAGUUACCAAAUGGACAGACGGGGUUCCGAGGCGGAAAGCUUGGAUUCUCGCAAAUGGAGGGAAGCCAAAAGGAAGAGGUGAUCCUUGAGAGUGCUCUCCUACAGACGAAGCUCCUUGUUCAGGUCAAGGUAUAUCAUGGCUUCGCAGUCGACGGAAUCGAAUUUGUGUAUGAAGAUUUUACGAGUCAGCUCUUUGGUAAACGAGGGGGGAAGCCCGGCGGCAGCGAAUUCAGCCUGGACACCAGACGAGGAGAGAUCAUCAUGGGAUUCUACGUUCGAGCUGGGCUUUGGAUCGAUGGCAUUGAGAUUUUGACAAGCCUAGGAAGGCGAUCGGGAGUUUUUGGAAAUCCCUUAGGUGGCUCAGGACAUACAUUGAUUCCGCCGCGAGGCUAUAGCAUUGCAGGCAUUUCAGGUUCCUGUGGACCAUGGUUAGAUGGGUUCUCUCUCAUCAUUACACGAUAA